AAAAUUCCUAAAACUAACCUAAAAUUUUGACAGUUGUCAAACUGAACUCCGAAUUUGUCAACAUUAUUAUUAUUGUAACUGAAGUUUUAGUUAAUUAAUUGUAAUUCUGUUAAAGAAAAAUACUCAAAAAUGUCGAUGAGGCCUGACGAUCAUCGCAGAAAAUGGGACAGGGAUGAAUAUGAGAGAUUAGCUGAGGAGCGCAAGAGAGAAGAAAUCGAACGUCUUGAAGAAGAAACAAAGAAAAAGAAAGGCCCUCCAGUAAAACGUGAACUGUUAAAAACUCGAGAAUAUAAAGUUGAUUUGGAUUCAAAACUCGGCAAAAGCAUUGUAAUAAAUAAAAACACACCAACAUCACAAUCUGGAGGUUAUUAUUGCAAUGUCUGUGACUGUGUUGUUAAAGAUUCAAUCAACUUUUUGGAUCAUAUCAAUGGCAAAAAACAUCAGCGAAACUUAGGAAUGUCGAUGAGGAUUGAACGUAGUAGUUUAGAUGCAGUUAAACGAAGAUUUGAUCAAAACAAGAGGAAAAUGGAGGAAAAGAAGAAAGAUUACGAUAUGGCAGCACGCAUGCAGGAAAUUGCUGAAGAAGAGGAAAAGUUACGAGAGUACAGAAGGGAGAAAAGGAAGGAAAAACGAAAAGCAGAAGAAAUGUUAUAUGAAACUCCUGAACAAUCAAAUGAACUUGCUAGCAUAAUGGGAUUUGCAGGUUUUGGAUCCUCUAAGAAAAAGUAGCCUUCAUUUCACAACCUUUAUUACAAUAAUUUAGAGACAUUAAAGAUUAAAUAAAAAUCAAUGUUAUAGUCAUUAUUACUAAAUUAAGUACAGUUGGAAGAAUCAUGUCAGCCUGUAAAACAGUAAGUUAAAAUGAAAUAAAUAUGAUUAAGGGAAAAAAAUGCCUUGUUU